UAUAAAUUUUAUUUCAAGUAAAUAAUCGUAUCACCUUUAUUUUAGAUAAGCAAACAAAAUUUGUUGUUUCUAUUUGACUCAUCGCUUAAUAUAUUUCCAGUGGAUGUAUUCUGCGGUAAAUGUUGUGUUCCUUAUUUUUUUGUGAAAUUUCUAUCAUAUACAUAUGUGCUGUGACAGGACUGAACCUAUUAAGCUAAAACGUAAAACACGAAUUAUUCGUGAGAAAAAACAGAUCCGGAUUAUAAAACUGUGUAGGUUAUAUAUUCCGCGGCGACAAGAUACAUAUUUGUUAAUAAAUUUGCAAAAUACGAAUGAUACCGAAAAUAUUAGUAUAGUACGGGAGAUGUGUUUGCUGCACAGAUUUAACAUAAUUUUUAACUGAAGCUUAAGUAAUUCCUUAAUCCAAAUGAAGUUAUUCUAAUUCUCAGUCAGGAAUUGUUAAGUAAGUCAGGGGCCUAUACAUAUAUUACGUUAUCAAAAAUUCUCGAUUUUACCACCCACCCACCCAACGUACUUUAAAAUUAAGAGACGAGGAAUUUAAAUAUGAGAAGAUCAAACCACUCACCCAUUAAAAAUGCUGACGUAACAUAUGUACGUUCCCACAUGGGAAUUUGUGUCAUUUGGUUAUUAUUUUAACCCACACCAGUAAAUAUUUCUCCGUAAUCGUAUCUUCUUGGGUGUGCAUUUCAGCGAAAAUGUUGAUCUACUCGGCUUAAUACGCAGUUGAGCAGUAUGGCUAAAUACCCAGUGCACAUUUACAUAUUUAUCUUCAUUUCAGUUUGACGUGCGUUUGGCGAGUUUUGAUUUAAUUUGCAAAUAAUAAAAUGGGCCAGAUUCCCGACGAUUUUAGCAAUUAUAGGGAUUUCAUUGAAGAAGCUGAAAUUGAGGCAAGCGGGUAUACAACAUGCGGAAAUUACGGUUACCAUAACCUUACACGCGAUGAGAUCCAACCAGUUGAAAAUACAGAUAAUUCUGAAGAUGAGAAUACCACAAUACGUUCGGAAAACAGGGCUCCUUCUGUCAAAUCAUGGUGGAGAAUCUUUAAAUUUUUGCAGAAGGGAUUCCCACGCAUCAGAUUGACUAGAAGGCAAACAACCAACCGAAAUGUUCCCCUAAAUUUAACUACACCACCCUGCCAAGACGAUUUAGACCUGCCUUAUCGGAUCAUUCCAGUAGAAGAUAUUUCCUUGGAUCCGGUCUUUGACGCAGGAAUGUUUGCAAAUAUUCGAGCCGGUACUAUUAUUUCAACUUCGGCCAAGGUUGCUGUAAAAACGGGACAUUUACCGUCUUCAAAAAAAGGAUUACUUAACGAGCUCUCGAUUUUGUCCCGGCUUCAAGAACACUCCAACAUUGUAAAAUUGCACGGCGUGGUAACAACCGGUUCUGACAGGUUCUUAAUUGUUCUUGAAAUGUGCGAGUUUCGUAGCCUGAAAAGUUUUGUGAUGAAUUCCACACUUCAUAAUGAGAGAGCGGACGUAAGGGAUCUUGACAUAAGGUGGCCUAAUUCGUAUAAAAUUAUGAACUUCUUCCGAUGGAGUUUAGACAUUGCGAAUGGGUUGGAAUUCCUCCACAGUAAGAAUGUGAUCCACGUUGACCACGCGCUUCGUAAUGUGCUUCUUGACAAAUCAGGAACUGCAAAAUUGACAGAUUUUGGUAUGAGCAUGUUGCUCAGGGAUGGUGACACUUAUCGAAAUUUAUCAUCGGAUCAACCACUUCCCGUACGCUGGAUGGCUCCUGAGUCCUUGAUGCAGUUUAUGGUUUCCAAAAAUUCUGAUAUCUGGAGUUAUGGGGUCACAAUUUGGGAACUUUUCAGCCUCGGCAGAAACCCCAAGUUACUUGACGAGGGCAAUCUAGUUGAGGAAAUAAUUCACAUUACAGGCGGUGGUCGGCUGACAAAACCGCUAUAUGUGACGCAGACCUUAUAUGACGACCUCCUUAUGAAAUGCUGGAAACGGGAAGAAUUUUUGCGACUCAGCAUUUCCGAGAUCAAAUCAAAACUGUGGGAAAUCAUGACCCAGGAUGUUGAAUUGGAGGACUUUAGGUAUCUAGUUUUCCAAUGGCGAUAAAAUUGAAAGAACACAGGAUCACCAAUAUAGAAGUUACUUGUUGAUUCUGCAUAUGUACCACCCAACGUGAUGUUGGAGUAUAAAUUUUAGUGAUAAUAAAGAGUUUUAAAAUAAUAAACCAAAUACUAAACUAAAAUAUUUUUAUAUUUGAGUGAUAAUAUUUUUCUGGACCAAUUGUAGUUUGAUUUAAAUUUCAAUAUCGCUCCCUGCAGAAGAUUGCAGCUUGAUAUCGAAAGCUUGGAACAAGAAAACUUUUAAAAUGUCAUCCAUGAUUCUCCUGACAAAUAAAGAGUUUAAUUUAUUAAAUCAAGGAGCACAAAUCCAACCAAUG